AAUGAAACGGCGUUGUUCGAAUAAUUCACAGAGAAAAUUCAAAAUUAUAAGCGAAUAUGACCACCCAAGUGACAAUUUGAGUGUGUGAGAACAUUGUGCGAUUUCAUUGGCGAUUGGUGACUUUAACGUUGCUUUUUGUUGUUGUAACAUUUCGAACUGUUGAAGUAGUGCGGUGUUUUUUUGGUUUUUGUUCAUUUUUCUUCCGAUCAAGGCCAUCACAAAUUGAAUAAUGCAGGCGUGCCAAUCAGUCAUAAUAUUGUUGGUGUUUUUAUUUCAAUCGGUUCGUGCCCAUCAAAAUGCCGCAUUUGACAAAAAUUACAGUGAUCGAUUAACGGGGAAUAAUAAUCAGCAAUCAACCCUCGAGCUUGCAGCGAACAAACAUUAUGAGACUAGCAGGUUUCGUCGAAGCAAUGACGGCGGCAGUGGCAGCCACAUCAACAGCGAUGGAAGCACAGAAACUGGACCAAUUUUGAAUAGUGGUACAAUUACUAUGCCUGAGGACAAUGACAACGAUGCCAAGAAACCAAUAAAUUUUCUACGGCUUUAUUUCUGCGGUCCUGCAUAUCAAAAUUGCAUGUAUGACGAGAGAUUGAACAACAUUCAAGUGCAGAAUGAUUUUCUCAAACAAAUCCCGCGCAUGGCUGAAAUAACACUACCAACUAAUUACUUAGAUUGGAAAUCGAAGCAGCUCAGUUUGCCACUCAACAUAAGAGGUGCACAAAUUACAAAACCGCCUGGACGUCGUGAUCGUGGAAUCACAGCCGAUGAACCUACACCACACUAUGUCUUGGUUCGCAGCGAUGACGCUAAUCCACGCCAUUUGGCAUUAUUGUCAGGGUCUGAUAUAAUGGAUGAUCCAUUCAUACCACAGCGCGGUAGACGGCAAUCAAAAGCUCAAACUUAUGACGAUCCUUUUUAUCCAAUGCGCGGUCGACGUGCCGAAACACAAGCAUGGGACGAUCCAUUCUUUCCGAUGCGUGGCCGACGUGCGGAUAAAAAUGCAAACGCUUGGGAUGAUCCAUUUGUGCCGAUGCGUGGCAGACGGCGUCCAAAAGACGGUGGUAAACGUGCCAAAUCUCAACCUUGGGACGAUCCAUUCAUUCCGAUGAGAGGCAGAAGAUGGCCAACGAAUAGCAUCGCUUAUGACGAUCCAUUUAUUCCAAUGCGAGGUCGCAAAGCAGAAGAUUAUGACGAUGUAUUCGUACCAAUGCGAGGACGUCGCUCGAUUAAACCAAAAGCGCAACGACGGAAACGAAGCUUAUUGGCAUCAACCGGGACAUUUAAUGCGGUUUAUACGCCAUCCGAGGAGGUCAUUGUCAAACUAAAUGGCAUUCAAGAUAAAAACUUACAUACAUUGCCGCCAACAAUGAAUCGUAUGCUCGAUCGUUUGCAGCCAAAUGGCAAAUUGAUUGAAGGCACCAAAUCACAUUCAGUGUUAAAUGAAAAACAUCAACAACAUCAAAAGAAAUCGCAAUUCUUGCUCGACGACUUUGCUACAAAUCCUGAUGAUGGCGAUAACGGAUUGAUGAAUGACUCGGCAAUGGAUUAUUAUUAUUACGUGGAAUCACCGCAAAUAAACAAAAGCAAAAUGAACGAGUACAAGCAUGGCUGGAUGAAAUCAUCAAGAGAUUUGUCACAAAAUCGUGAUGCUGGUAAUUUAGCACGUGGGAGCACAACAUCCAUCUUAUUUUAAUGCAAAAACAAGAAAAAGCGAGUGAAUGAGAGCCACACACACACAUAGACACACACACACAAGUAUAUAUAAAACAAUAUGAAGAAUCAACCGUAAACAAAUCGUAAACCAAAAUAAAAUGCAAAUUCACCUUAAAAAAAAAAGAAAAAAAAAAGCAUAACAAAACGCUUCAUUCUCACACACACGGAAAAGAAACGGAAAAUAGCUUGAAAAUGAGAGAAAAAGGGCAGUGACACAAGCACAAAUAAAACAACAACAACAAAAAAUUCAAAGAAUAAAAGAAGCAUAAAAUAAUAAAAAGAAAAACUUUACGCUCACAACAAUGUCUAACGCUUUCGUAAUCAAACAUCAUGGCAAAAUGGGAGAGUGCACAGGAGGGAAAAACAGGAACGACAUUGCAUAAAGACACGUGCAAUGCAUAAACAUGCACUGAACUAAUG